AUGUCGUCUUCUGAAGCAUCCUCUUCUCGCGCACCGUCUCCCGUAACUUCACAAAAUGGUACCGCUGAUGCGCAAGCCGAUUCUGCAACUAUUGCACCUGUUGCUGAUCCCAAUGUCACUUUCUCUUCGCUCGGUCUCAUAGAGCCAUUGGUCGACGCGUGCAAGCAGCUUAACUUCAAGCGCCCAACACCUAUUCAGGCUGCCGCAAUACCCCCGGCAUUAGAAGGGAAGGACAUUAUAGGUCUGGCAGAAACGGGAAGUGGAAAGACAGCUGCGUUUGCCUUGCCUAUACUACAGAAGCUAUGGCAUGAUCCAAAGCCCUUCUUUUGUGUUGUCCUUGCACCAACUCGAGAACUUGCGUAUCAAAUUUCACAACAAUUCGAAGCACUGGGUAGCACAAUUGGUGUACGCUGUGCUGUACUUAUUGGUGGCGUCAAGAUGGUCCCUCAAGCUGUCGCCCUCUCGAAACGGCCGCAUAUUGUCGUCGCUACUCCCGGACGUCUACAAGAUCACCUUGAAAAUACCAAAGGAUUCUCACUGAGAGGGUUGAAGUACCUGGUGAUGGACGAGGCGGACCGACUCCUAGACUUGGACUUUGGGCCGAUUAUCGAUACCUUACUUAAGGCUAUUCCCAGGCAAAGGAAUACCAUGCUCUUUUCGGCGACUAUGACAACAAAAGUGGCAAAGCUACAAAGGACGAGCUUGAGAAACCCGGUGAAGGUCGAGGUGUCAUCUAAGUAUCAAACUGUUUCCACCCUACUGCAAACUUACGUCCUUACUCCGGCUGCUGUCAAAGAGCCCCAACUAGUACAUCUUCUCACCACCGUCUCUGGUCUCAGUACCAUCGUCUUCGUUCGCACGAUUCAUGACGCAACGAAACUGACCUUGGCCCUUCGCAAUCUGGGAUUCCCUGCCAUCCCCCUACAUGGUGACAUCUCUCAGGACAAGCGGCUCGGAGCUAUCAGCCGAUUCAAAGCGGAGCCGGGAGCAAUAUUGGUUGCUACCGACGUGGCAAGCCGUGGAUUGGACAUGCCGAAGGUAGAUGCAGUCAUCAAUUACGACCUACCGACGAACUCAAAGGAUUAUAUCCACCGUGUCGGGAGAACGGCACGUGCAGGUCGCGCGGGCAAAGCGAUCAGCAUUGUGACGCAAUAUGACGUCGAGCUGCUGCAGCGGAUCGAGCAUGUAAUUGGGAAAAAGUUGGAAGCAUAUGGCGAGACCACCCGCGAGGAAGUUGAGAUGUUGAGGGAGAGAGUCGGGGAAGCCGUGAGAGCAGCUACGAUUCAAAUGAAGGAGCAGGAAGGAAAGAGAACGCAGGGAGGGAGGGGGAGGAAGAGGCAGAGAGAGGGAAAGAGGGAACAGUUGGAUAGGGAUGACGACGAGGUCGAAGCGGGCAUGCCGAGACUGAAGAAGGCAAGGGCGCGCCGGUAGUCUUGUACUUCAAGCGGUGUAUGAUACAGUAUUCUCAGG